AUUCAGAAUCAGUUUAUCGUGGUAAUUCUCAGACAGAAUGGCUACUCAGGAAGAAAUCCACAUUCUAAACGAGCAAGUGAUGAGAUUUAAUCGAUUGUUUUAUUUUUUGUCAACAUUGGAUUGGGUUUUUCCUCCUUCUGUGAAAAAAUGGACCAUUUAUUUGGUUCCUUAUUUUGUUCUGACCGCAUGGUUAUCCUGUGUACACACGGCGAUAGUUACUGAUACCCAGCAAGUUGCUUUUCUCUACUCAGUUAUCUAUAUUGGUGCAUCAUAUCAGAUGAUAAUCAAAUACUACACGAUAUUUUUGAGUCGUAAAAAUGAUUUUGAUGGGAUGAUGAAAUAUAUGGAUAAUUUGACAAAAGCCGGCAAAUUAGAAUUUGCUGAUGAGAUUCGCAAAAAACGUCUAAGGAACAUCCUCAAAAUUUCAGUUCCCGUCGCAAAAACUAUUUGGAUCUUUUUUAACAUAACUGGUGUAUCUAUGAUGCUGUACGGUCUCAGAGAGACAAAAUGUUGUGCAACGUUUUGUAAAAUUCCGGAAAUACUCCUUCCACAAGAUCAUUAUCUUUUUUUCCCUGUUAAUCUUGUCUAUGGCAUUCUUUCUUUUAUUGGAUUAUUUGAAGUAACUGCUACCUUAGACACUUACUUCAUCGUAAUCCUUUCGUAUUUUGUGGGAGAACUGUCUGCGAUAAAGGAAAUCAUCCAGUAUCUGGAUCGAUCAGAAAUUGUUGCUACACAGUGCCAAGAAAUUUUACUCUUUAUUCACGAAGCUCAUCGAGAAGUACUCCAUUACAUUGGGGUUCUUCGUAAAAUCUACUGGCAUUUAAAUAUCCAUUUGAUUUUUACGGGUUUCUUCUAUAUUUGUAUCCUGCUUUUCAUGACUCGUUUCUAUCAGGCUACUAUAGCCACUUAUUUCGCAGCAAUGUCAGCAACUAUUCAACUUUUCUCGAUCUGCUUAUUUGGUCAAAUUCUCAGAAAUCGUACGGAAGCUGUUGGCGAGGCUUUGUAUCAAACACGGUGGUACGAGAUGGGAUUAAAGGAACAAAAAGCAUUACUUAUCAUUAUGUCACAUUCUCAGGAACCUGUUGGAUUAGUUGCGGGAGGGAUUAUGGAUAUUUCACUAUCAACUUUUGCUAUAGUUAUGCGAACGGCGAUUUCAUAUGGAGCGAUACUAUACACUGUUAUAGGUGAUUAGUUUAAGAGUAAUUGGAAAUUUAUAACACCGCUUUUAAUGACCAAGUAGAAAAAAUGACAAUUGAAAAAGAAUAACAGACAGAACACCUAGGUCUUAUGCAAGUUUUUUCUAAGUUUUAUCACAUGAUAACUUUUUAAAAAUUAUUAUGGAAUUUCAAAGACGAAAAUCACGAAAUUAAGCACGUAAAUGUACAAGAUGAAUAUGCACGUUCCUAUGAAAUUAGGAUUUUUCACAUAGAGAUGAUAAUAAGUUUUAUCAAUUAACUACAAUACAAUUUAUAUUUUUUUAUGUAUCUUAAUUAACAAUCUGAAAUAAGUUUGGUACCACAAGUUUCAGAGAUAUUAUUAGAAGUCUAGAUUUAGUAGAGGUUUAUAUGACUUUAGUAUUAAUGACACCGCACCCAGUUAUUCAAAACUUGGUCAGUACACUGAAUGAGCAAAUUGAAGAAAGUGUAAUUUCCUAAUGAUUCUUUUAGGGUUCACAGAUUUCACCUUACAGUUAUUAAGUGAAAAUGGUUUUUUGGCUAAAUAUUUGAAUAAAAAUCACAUUGCAAUAAA